UGCUUGACUGGUGCUCGUUCCUUAAUUUUUCUGUCCUUGUUCUUUGUCUUGCUCGGCCGUAAAUUCGUUUGCCUGUUCGUAUAUUUAAAACUGAAUUUAUCCUCCCUUGUUUCGGCAUGACGCAAAUGCUUUUCAACACGGUAUUAUAUGAAAUUGCAUAAAUUUUUUUCAACAGUGCCCGAGAAAGUUAAAGAACGCUUCGCGAUAUUGAAAAGUGCAACAGUGCCCGACGUGGAUCAAAAGGCAUGCCGAGGAGCAAAUCUGAGUUCUGCUAGUAUUUUGGGGAAAGAUGCAAACAAAACAGAUUUCACCAAUUCGGUAACAAACAAGGAAACAAUGAAUAAAAACAAGACGUUUAAUUAUGAGCAUUUUGUCGCCGGUUUAUCCGGUGGCACUAUUUCGACAAUGCUUCUACAUCCAUUAGACCUUUUGAAAAUCAGAUUUGCAGUAAAUGAUGGAAUUAUACGAACAAUUCCCAGAUACGGUGGUCUUGUAAGUGGCAUACAAGACAUCGUAAGAACGGAGGGAAUUCGUGGACUUUACAGAGGUGUCUCGCCCAAUAUGUUGGGAUCAGGAGCAUCUUGGGGCCUCUAUUUAUUUUUCUAUAGAACCAUGAAAAAUCGUUUACAAGAUGGUGAUCCAAACAAAAUAAUUGGCGUGAAAAUGAGUUUAUUUGCAACUGCUCAAGCGGGAAUAUUUACCAAUCUCAUAACAAAUCCAUUGUGGGUGAUUAAAACACGAAUGUGCUUGCAAUAUUCUGGCGAUAGUGCUCUUCCUGAAUCACGAAGAUAUUCUGGAAUUAUAGAUGCAGUGCGAAAAAUUUUCAAAACCGAAGGAUUUAAGGGCUUUUAUAAAGGUUUGGUUCCUGGUAUGUUCGGUGUAACUCAUGGAUGCAUUCAAUUCGUUAUUUAUGAAGAAGCAAAACUUAGGUACAAUAUUUACAAAGAAAUGCCACUAGAGACAAAAUUAGGCUACGUGAGUAAUGUAGUAUUCGCGGCAUUAUCAAAAUUUGUAGCAGCUAUUUGCACCUAUCCCUAUCAAGUUGUGAGGACACGACUACAGGAUCAACAUCACGAUUACAGAGGAUCAUUGGAUUGCAUCAACAGGACAUGGAGGUUUGAAGGUUGCCGCGGCUUUUACAAGGGUUUGAGUAUGAAUCUAUUAAGAGUGGUCCCUGCUACCGUUAUCACUCUAGUAGUCUAUGAAAAUGUAGCACAUUUUCUCUUAGGCCUGAAGAAACCAAAUGUUAUUGAGGGAACUUCUCCGAACACACUUAAAAAUAAAGAGAAAUUAGUUGAAUCGUGAUCACUUCUCAAGAAUUCCACAAGGCUUUAGAAAAUUCUCUGCACAAGAAAAGAAGUAAAACAAAGGCUGAGAGAGUGAAAAUUAAGUCACAAAUUACGUUUUUUUGUAAGUAAGAAAGAAUAAGGUAUUCUAUUAAUUUUAAUUACACGAUAGUUUUAUUUUUGUUUGAAAUUGGACGGAAAAUUUUGAAAGACGUCGUACAAUUGAUAUUCACCUCAAAUUGUUAUAUUUGAAUUAAUAUUUUAUAAUUGGAUUAAAGAGAUUUUCGCUCAAAA